AUGCCGCGCGGUCGUGGUUGCCGCAGCCGCUCGGGCAGUCGCUCGAGCAUAGCGAGCGCUGCUAGCGUCGCUAGUGCUGCCAGCGUCGCGGUCGAAGUCCGUCAAGCCCGGAAGUCAAGGGAGCGUUCGAUUUCCUUUGACCUGGAGGCGGAACUGGAGCCGAAGAGGAUGGACCAGCGGAGCUCGCCGAAGAAGAACAACGGUUCGGAGAUGGCCUUCUCGUGCCCUGGAGGGCUGAAUGGAGCUGGGCUGGAAGCCCAUGGAGCCAAAACCGUCGCCCCGCUGCCGCCACCAUCGCCGCCAUCAUCGCCGAGCCCGUCACCGUCGCCCCCGUUGCCGUCGCCCCCGUUGCUGUCCUCGAGCAUGCCUCUGCUCGCGCCGCCGUUGCUGCUGGACAAGGAGCUGUCUUGGCUGAGUUGUCCGCAACCCAGCGUGCCGUUCGCGGUGCGUUGCUGA